UUAGAGUAUUACUAUUACUACAAAUUCACAAUGGGACGGUCCUUGGUGAAGUGGUUAUUGUGGGGUUUGAUAGUUCUAGUUCAUCUUCAUGGCCACAGAGGUUGCUUUGAAGAAGAGAGGAUGGGUCUGUUAGAAAUCAAGGAGGAGUUUGUGACCAUCAGAGAUCAUCUUCUCCCUUCUUGGGUAGAUGACUACAAGAGUGAGUGUUGUGAGUGGGAGAGAGUCACCUGCGACUCCACCACCGGUUACGUGACCUAUCUCUCUCUCCACAAUAUCUGGGAAUUCGAUGAUUAUUUCUAUUACUCUUACGAAUUCUAUUAUAUGGUCUCAUUUCUAAACGUUUCUUUAUUUGAGAGUUUCAAGGAGUUAAGAAGUCUUGAUUUAUCUUUUAAUGCAAUUGGUGGUUGGGUUGAGCAUAAAGGUUCUGAAAGUUUAUUGAGAUUGAACAAGCUGGAGAGUUUAGAUCUUCAUGCUAACAUUUUCAAUCAGAGUAUCAUACAAUCAUUGAGGUUACUUACGUCACUUAAAAGUCUGAAUCUUUCUCACAAUGCUUUGGAAGGAUCCCUGCCUGCCAAAGGCAUGCAUUCCCCAUAA